AUGAGCGUACUAGACAUCUAUACAGACGGAUCUUGUCGAAACAACGGCCACUGUGAUGCCCGUGCUGGUUAUGGGGUAUAUUUUGGACCACAGGACAGCAGAAACACGUAUGGGAAACUUUCCAAACAAUACCUGCAAAAUUCCAUCAAUGCAGAGCUUAUGGCUAUCUACAAUGCCUUACAGCUGAUACAGAGAGAGAUUGAAAGUAUUGAGAGACGUCGGUCGUCCCCGAUGCGAUACAACAUCAACAUUGACUGUACAGAAGCUCUGCGGCUAAUCACUAGAAGACAGAAAUCAAGAUACUCAAGCACCAACGAAAUCGUCAAGGACUGUCUAGAGAUGUACCAUCCCCUAAAGAAUGAAUGUCUGGUUCAGUUCAGCCUAGUCAAGGGUCACAGUGGAAUACAGGGGAACGAAAUGGCCGAUGCCUUAGCUGUGAUGGGGUCUGUUCUUCCAGAAUAA